CAAACAAAACCACACCAUUUUCUUACCACAGCAGACUUCUCAGCAGAGCAGCUUUAUGAACUUGUUAAUAGAGCAAUACAAUUUAAAAUUGAAGCCAAAUAUGAGAAAAAGACAACAGAUAAACCUUUGACAGGAAAGACUCUAGCUCUUAUUUUUUCCAAAAGAUCCACACGUACUCGUGUAGCUACCGAAUCAGCAAUGACAUAUUUAGGUGGUCAUUCGAUGUUUUUGGGGUCUCAAGACAUUCAACUCGGUGUAAAUGAAUCCUUGCUAGAUACAUCUCGAGUAGUUAGCUCUAUGGUUGAUGGUAUUAUGGCCCGUGCCGGUGAGUCUACUGUACCAGUUAUAAAUGCCCUUUCAGAUAAAUACCACCCUACCCAGAUCUUGGCUGAUCUAAUGACACUUCAUGAGCACAUUCACCAUCGUAGUCAAUCAGCAACUAAAGGACAGUACACUGCUCAUAUGCAACACCCUCGCGAGACGCUUCCCGGACUGCGUAUUGCUUGGGUGGGUGAUGCCAAUAAUAUUCUCCAGGAAAUGCUAGUAUCAUUUCCUAAGUUGGGCAUAAGUGUUGCUGCUGCUUGUCCUUCUGGAUACACUUGCGCUGAAGAUAUCGUUGCUAUUGCAAAAUCUGACUCCAAAAAAACAGGCGCCCAAAUUUUAUUUACCACCAAACCAGACGAGGCCGUAAAGGAUGCGGAUGUAAUUGUGACCGAUACAUGGAUAAGUAUGGGACAAGAAGCUGAAAAGGCUAGGCGACUGAAUGAAUUCAAGGGAUAUCAGGUCACUAUGGAAAUGGCCAAGAGAGCUGGAGCCAAGCCUGAUUGGGCAUUUAUGCACUGUUUACCUCGUAAGCAAGAGGAGGUUGAUGAUGAGGUGUUUUACUCUGAUCGAUCACUCGUAUUCACUGAAGCAGAAAACAGAAAAUGGACUAUUCUCUCAGUCCUUGAU